AUGGCCUCCGAUUCCAAACAACGUAAGUAUUUGACAGUUUAUAUACAUUAUAAUGGUUUAUUUGCACCAAAACCAUUAGUGUACUUGAACGUUGUUGUUUCAAUUUGUGAUGUCGAUUUUGGUGCAAUGGAUCUCAAAGAGUUUGUAUUGUUCAUUGCAAAGUUGAAUGAAGGCAGUUACGAUAAUGUAUAUUACUGCACUACAAAUAAACCAUUGGCGGAGUUUAUUAGGAGAAUUGAGAAUGAUGCUGACUACUUUGAGUUUAUUGAAACGGGUUAUAGUGAUGAAGUUGGUCUGUGUACUUGA